AUGCCUCUCUUUCUCCACUCUUUCUUUUUUCUGCUCUCCCCGCCUGGUUGUUCACUUGUUGUCUCCUUGUCGAUGCACUCUGACGCAUGCUUGUCUGUCCACGCAUUUGAUUCAGACUGUAAUAAUCUGCAGGACAGUACGUUUGAGCUUCUGCGAGGACUGGCCAACCUCUCAUCUGCUGUGGAGAAUGACCCGCUGUAUUUCGACCAGCUCUUGGGCGCUGCAGUGAACAUCAAGCACGCCUUUGAUCUGGGGCGCCUGGAUGUCCUCAAUGGCACUAUUCGGCCGCGCAACACAUCCCUGUGUCACGAAUGCAUAACCACGGUGUCUUCAGUCUGGCGAUCGGGACCCGAUGGCCCGCGCACGCUGUGCAAUGCCUGCGGUCUUCGGUACUACAAGCAGAACCAGCGGCGAGCACUGGAGGCCAAGCGCAGGGAGGCCAAGGAUGCUGUAGACGCGGCUGGGUCUUUGGCUGUACUAAGCGGUGUCCAUAUUGAAGUGGCCAAGAGGAUGCUGGCUGGGAAGGGCGACAUGGGGGUUACUGAUAAAUUGAAGUUGCAGAUGCACGCCAGUGAGGAGGACGAGGAAGAGGACGAUGAUAUGCAGAGCUCGUGGUCGGAGGAGGGCGAACCCGAGGCCGAGGACGAGCAGUAUUCGCGAACUGGGUGGUCUCAGUCAUCGCCGCCUUUGCCUCCCAUUGUUGUGCGCCCAUCUGUUGCCAACCUGUGUCAGCCCGCAUCUUAUGAGUCUUGCGCUGAGGAUAUGCAGUGGACCAGCGCUUCUUUUGCCCAACAACAGCAACAGCAGCAGCAGCAGCCGACUUCGGCUCAUUCUAUCCAUAGCAUCCUGUCUUCCACUGCUGCGGAUACCGUGCAGAGUGAGGCCUUUGAUAGCCACCUGCGUUCUGCUCAGUAUGUAUCGCUACCAUCUAUCCACGAUCACCACGACAUGAACUUCCACACACACGGGGAAUACCAGCAUUAUCAUCAUGAUACAUAUCGCAAUGCCAAUGAAUAG